CCGGGGCUGGACUGCGGAAGGGGGCGGGUUCGGAGGAGUGUACUGUACGGUAAGUCUUUUAGCCUCACCUGCAGCUUCGCAUCCCUGCACCUGCAUCUGUUCUCCCAGCACUGCGGACGCGACUCGAGGGUGACGCUUGCUCCGCUCGUCAUGGCCUACCCGGGAUACGAAGACGAGUUUGGAGAUUUUAGCAUUCAGGUGCCAGGAAUACAGAUGGGACAGCCAGUGCCAGAAACAGGUCCAGUUAUACUGCUCGAUGAAUACUGUGGGUUCCCAGCAUUUUCAGACGCUUAUUCCUCAGCUGGUGACUCUGUGUAUACUUACUUCAGUGCUGUUGCUGGACGGGAUGGUGAACUGGAUGCUGAAGAACUUCAGAGAUGUUUGACAGAGUCUGGAAUUAGUGGAACUUACUCUCCCUUCAGUUUGGAAACCUGCAGAAUUAUGAUUGCCAUGUUGGAUAGAGAUUACACAGGAAAACUGGGAUUUAAUGAAUUCAAAGAGCUAUGGGCAGCUCUUAAUGCCUGGAAGCAAAACUUCAUGAUUGUUGAUCAAGAUGGAAGUGGCACAGUAGAACAUCAUGAGUUGCGUCAAGCCAUUGGUCUUAUGGGUUAUAGGUUGAGACCUCAAACAAUAACUACUAUUGUUAAACGUUAUAGCAAGAAUGGCAGAAUUUUCUUUGAUGAUUAUGUUGCUUGCUGUGUGAAGCUUCGAGCAUUGACAGAUUUCUUUAGGAAAAGAGACCACUUGCAACAAGGGUCUGUGAAUUUCAUGUAUGAUGAUUUUUUGCAGGGCACUAUGGCAAUUUGAAUGUUUAGAAUUCUAAACCUGAAGAGACACUGUGAAUUCUUUUGCUUGGAAGAAGUGAACUGGACUACUUUAAAACUUUUAAGCGUUUUCCAUGUUCUUCCUACCCAUUAAGUCUCUCUUCCCUUUCUGUGUGUUUUUAUUUUAGCAGAUAGUUCAAAACAAUAAAAGAUUUUAAAAAAAUUUGGUGUAUUACUGCUUUUGGAAAAGUUAUCUUACAAAUAUGUGCAUAUUAUCAUAAAAUACUGGUGUAUGAUUAUUUGAUUUAAAUAAUGCUUAGCCUUAAUUUUUAACAAUGUAAAUUUAGAGGAAUUUACUUUACAAGAUCGAUUGUAUAAGAAGCCAAAUGAUAAAAGCCUAGAAAAAACUAAUUUAUACUUAUCCAAAGGUUACAAAUUAGACUUUAAAUUUUGUUUGUAGUUGGUGGCGUUUGAGGGCCAGCUAGAAAUGAAAGCCUGGAUUUUGUGCUGUGUUCGUAAGAUAGUUUGUUCCUUGAUCAAAUAAUCAGAGAAAAGACACUUAAAGAUCUUUGUCCGUGAAGAAGAAAAUUAUCUCCCCAGUCAAAUCUGUGGUGGGAUAAGACUACGGAAGGCAUUAUUUUUUCCUUUUUAAUUUUUUGUUGUGUAUAUUUUUCUUCAAUAUGUUUUAUUGUCUUCUCUAAGCAAACAGUUCUUAAUAAACAAAGUAUUUCUCUCUGCACCCUAUUUCAUUAGUGAAGACAUAGUUCCCCUAAAAUGGCAUCCUCCUCUAAAUCUAGACUUUUUGGAAAUGGUGUAUAUUUUUGAUGAUAUGUGAGCAUUCAAGAUUGUCCUAAUUAAAUUGUUUAAAUGUAAUGUCAGCUGUUUAUAAAGAUAAAAAAAAAACAAUUAACCACUCUAAUUGCUCAGAAAUUAUACAUUUGACUUAUUUGACAAUAUUAACAUUAGUGGUGGCUUUGCCGUUAAAAGCCCAGUAAGUAUUUUGAGUGCAUCUAUGUGAUGUGGUGUUUUGAGCAUAGUAGGCACCACAGCAACUUUUCUGAGUGGUACUAAAACUGCAGAAAAUGCAAAGUAGAAUCACCAGAUCUUUAGUGUGUAAUAUCCCUGGUAUAAGAUGUUACGAUUAAUGUAAUUUCUUUCUUGGCAAACACUUCAUGUCUAUCUUAGUGAAGAUUUAAUAAACCACAUAUUUUUCUUA